AUGGCUUUCCAGUCGUUCCAGCAGGAGUACAUGCAAACUCCUCCGAUUACCCGAGCAUAUACAACAGCAUGUGUACUAACUACACUUUCAGUCCAACUAGAUGUUAUAACUCCAUUCCAAUUGUAUUUCAAUCCAGAUCUUAUAUUCACAAAAUACCAGUUAUGGAGGCUGGUGACAAAUUUCUUAUUUUUUGGGACGAUUGGUUUUAAUUUUCUAUUUAACAUGAUAUUUACAUAUAGAUACUGCCGAAUGCUGGAAGAAGGAUCUUUUCGAGGACGAACCAGUGAUUUUUUUUUCAUGUUUCUUUUUGGUGGAAUAGUUAUGACAAUAAUUGCUUUAUUUGUAAACUUAGUGUUUUUAGGUCAGGCAUUUACGCUGAUGCUAGUGUACAUCUGGAGUCGUCGUAAUCCUUACGUACGAUUGAACUUUUUUGGGUUAAUGAACUUCCAAGCUCCCUACUUGCCAUGGGUGUUGUUAGCAUUCUCACUGUUGCUUGGCAACUCAGUCAUUGUUGAUAUCAUGGGUAUAGCUGUGGGUCAUGUUUAUUACUUCUUGGAAGACGUGUUUCCUCAGCAGCCUGGAGGUUUCAAACUUUUAAAGACACCAGGUUUUCUUAAAUCUAUUUUUGAUGGCCCCACAGUGGAUCCUAAUUAUGAACCUUUACCAGAAGAAGACAGACCUGGUGGUUUUCGGUGGGGGCAGGGUGAACCACUCGGUGACCAGCAGCCACCAGCAGAGGAUAAUCAAUGAUACUUAGACUAUAUGCGACAGCAUUGUCUUCAGCUAUCAUGUCAUCUUUCUACAUAUUAUAUUUUUCAGUCUUACACUAUUUAAUUUUGCUAUUGUGAUCUUAUGAGCUGUUCUCCAAGAACUGUUUUUUUUUUUCUUUCAAAUAUUCAGUUUUACCAACCACCUCAACCUAUGGUGAUUUUGCAGAAUUGUAUUUGCCCUCAUCUUCAUGUGUUUUACCCUACAGUUAACCCAACACACUGGAGAAAACAAGCGUUUACUUUGAAGCAUUGUUAUUUCAACAUCUAGUGUGCAUUUUCCAAGAGACCAUGAUUUACAAAUUGAAUUUGACCAAUAACAUAGAAAAUAUGUUUAGACAUCCAUAAAUCUACCCCAUAAUUAUAAGUUUUGUGCAGCUGAAUGAAUUCAUUCACAAAAGUGGGUGGAAAACAAUUGGACCUGCUAUAACAGCAGGUGAUGGCAGUUGAAUCAAAGCAGAAUUUUGAUACAUUGAAAAAACCUUUCAACAAACAAGCUGCUCUCUGAUUGGUCUGACAGUCAGGUGUGAGGGCUGAGUAGCCAAUCAGGCUGAAUUUUUUAAGUGGCUUUGUAUUAACAGAAUGGCAGAAAAAAGAGUUGAUCAACUGGCCAUGAGAG